AUGUCGCCAAUUCCUCCACCACCCACAGUCAUGGUGGUUGGAAACGUUCCUCCUCCUCCAACUCCUCCUGGAAUGGGUGGAAAUGUUCCUCCUCCUCCAAUUGGUUCAACAUUUUCAACCAACCAUCCACCUCCCUCGACAAUAUUAUCACAUUCCACUCCUCCACCUCCACCUCAGAUGUCAAGUAUGAAUACUUCCGAACGUGAAGCUACAAAACCAAAGAAAAAGUGGCAAACAGUUUCCACCUCGAACACACUCAAUUUACAACAAGCCAUUCCCCAUCCGAUAAAUCAUCCGAUUGAAUGGGAUCAUAUUCGAAAUAUUGGCUUGAGUGGAAGUGGCUCUUCAGGUGUCUUUUUUGUCGAAACUCAAAUUCCGAAUCAGGUCAUUGUCGUGAAAGCACCCAUGACUUUGGCUCAAGAGAUUUUUGGAUCUCGAAUUGCACAAUUAUUGGGACUCUUCUCACCACAAAUUCGACUUGUGGAAUAUCAUCCAAAAGUUACAAAUAGAGAGCAAUUGUUGAAAUCUGGAGCAAGAGAAUGGAUUGCCAUGAAAGACAAUAUGAAACGAGUGGCAAAAAACAAGAAUGAUACAAUUUGUGAAAUGAAAGUUGAAAAGGAAUUGGAUCGAGCGUUUUUUAUGAUUAUGGAAUUUGUGGAGGGAGCUGUGAGUUUGGAAGAUUUAAUGAAUCGAGAGGAGCUAGCUCAACAAUUGUUGGUGCAACAGCAUGAAGAGGUUUUAUUGGAUGUUGGAAAAAUGAUUGUGUUGGAUAUUAUUUGUAAUAAUUGUGACAGAUUUCCAAUGAGUGGAAUUUGGGAUCAUGAUGGAAAUGCAACGAAUAUUUUGUUUUCUUCGACUCGUUCAAAGCUUGUGUGUAUUGACCAGACAUUAUUUGCAAUUUCUGGAGACGAUAAUCAACAAUUGUAUGUGGACAAACUUUCCAAGUUCGUGGAGAGUCUUUAUUCAACAAAGCCCUGUGAGAAUUCAUAUAUUGAUGAUGUUUCGAGAUAUAUUUAUCAAGUAACAGGUGUGAUGUUGGGAGUUGAACAAAAAGAGAGCAUUCAUAGAGGAAUCAUGAGUGCCAUUCAAAUUUUGUCUUCGUCAGACUUUGCCUUGGAGGCUUUGGAAAAACUAAAGAAGGACAUUGAUGCAAUGAAAACGGGACACGAUUGGGCUGAUGUUUGGAAAAUAUCUGUUGAGGCAAUCAACGUAAAAUGGUUUUACGAGAAUAUUAAAAUCUUGACCAGCAAGUAUCAAACGGCAAAAGAUUGA